CUAGAACUCUGCACUCUUCUUCAGGUAAGCUUCUCCUAAAUCCAAAGUCUGUUGCUUUCGAUUUCAUAUCAGGGUAACAUUCUUUCCCAAUGAAUUGAAAAGUUCUUGUGUUGGUAUUUAUUCCCCAAAUUUGAUUAAUCUACAGAGGAAAUAGAACUUUUAGCUGCAAGUAAAAUGUUGCAAAAACGUUCUUGUGCUCUGUUACUUUCUAGAAAAUGGAGAAAGUUUUAGCUGCAAGUAAAAUGUUUUGCUUUUGUCUUUCUGUUACUUUCCUAGAAAAUGUGUUGGCUUUAUUUAUGGUUAAGGCCCAGAGAUGGGAAUAUACAAAGUUAUCUUCUAAAGCAACAUGGAAUAUAAAACUAGUAAAACAUUUAGUUUUUUGACUUCUAAUUUGGUGUCACCGUGUGAUUUUGUGAAUGGAAAGAUGUGACUCUAGUGGUCAACGAGGUCUAUGAUUUUUCUUUCCUUUUUUAUAUUGCGGUCACGAUGGCUUUACUAGUUAUUAUAAUAAUAUAAGUUAGGAGUCUCCAUAGAUAUACCAUCCAAGAGGUUUCAUAUUUUAUUUGUUCUGUUAUUGCAUUGACUUUAUAAAGAUUCAUACAUUCAAAUCCUUAGAAGAGCUCUUGCAUAUCGUAUGGGAAAGAUUGGUAUUGUUUUCUUUGCUUCGUUGCUCUUCUUGCUAAUUAUAUUCCCAAGUUGUGCCUUUGCAGCUAUAACCAGAGCAAGUCCUUUGUCAAUAGGACAAACUCUGAGCUCCCCUAAUGGAACUUAUGAGUUAGGGUUCUUCAGUCCAAACAACUCUCGGAAUCAGUAUGUUGGGAUCUGGUUCAAGAACAUCACCCCUCGGGUUGUUGUCUGGGUGGCUAACAGAGAUAAGCCAGUUACAAACAACGCAGCGAAUCUCACUAUCAACAGCAAUGGGAGCCUUAUCUUGGUUGAGAGAGAACAAAAUGUUGUUUGGUCAAUAGGAGAAACUUUCUCUUCUAACGAGCUUCGUGCUGAGCUAUUAGAAAACGGAAAUCUUGUACUCAUUGAUGGAGUUUCAGAAAGAAACUUAUGGGAAAGUUUCGAGCAUCUUGGUGAUACUAUGUUACUUGAAUCAUCUGUGAUGUAUGAUGUUCCGAAUAACAAGAAACGUGUUUUAUCUUCUUGGAAAAAUCCCACCGAUCCUUCACCUGGAGAAUUCGUAGCUGAGCUUACGACACAAGUACCUCCGCAAGGCUUUAUAAUGAGAGGAUCCAGGCCUUACUGGAGAGGUGGUCCAUGGGCAAGGGUAAGGUUCACCGGCAUACCAGAAAUGGAUGGAUCACAUGUAAGCAAAUUCGACAUUUCCCAAGAUGUUGCAGCCGGCACAGGAUCUUUGACUUAUUCAUUAGAACGAAGAAAUUCGAACCUGUCGUACACUACGCUCACAUCAGCGGGAUCGUUAAAGAUCAUUUGGAAUAAUGGCUCUGGUUGGGUUACUGACUUGGAGGCCCCUGUAAGCUCAUGUGAUGUUUAUAAUACAUGUGGACCUUUUGGCUUGUGUAUAAGAUCUAAUCCCCCAAAGUGUGAAUGCUUGAAAGGCUUUGUACCAAAAUCAGAUGAGGAGUGGAAUAAAAGGAAUUGGACUGGUGGUUGUAUGAGAAGAACAAAUUUAUCUUGUGAUGUGAACUCUUCUGCAACAGCACAAGCCAAUAAUGGAGACAUCUUCGACAUAGUUGCAAAUGUGAAGCCUCCAGACUUUUAUGAAUAUCUAAGUUUGAUCAAUGAAGAGGAUUGCCAACAACGUUGUCUUGGAAACUGUUCUUGCACGGCAUUUUCCUAUAUUGAACAAAUUGGAUGUUUGGUAUGGAAUCGAGAGCUUGUGGAUGUAAUGCAGUUUGUUGCUGGAGGAGAAACUCUUUCCAUUCGUCUUGCAAGUUCUGAGUUAGCUGGAAGCAAUCGAGUGAAGAUUAUUGUUGCUAGCAUUGUCAGCAUUUCUGUUUUCAUGAUCUUGGUUUUUGCCUCUUAUUGGUACUGGAGAUACAAAGCCAAACAAAAUGAUUCAAAUCCUAUACCAUUGGAGACAUCACAAGAUGCAUGGAGGGAACAACUGAAACCACAAGAUGUAAAUUUCUUUGAUAUGCAAACCAUAUUAACUAUCACCAAUAACUUUAGCAUGGAAAAUAAGCUUGGUCAAGGUGGAUUCGGUCCAGUGUAUAAGGGAAAUCUACAAGAUGGGAAAGAAAUAGCCAUAAAACGCCUUUCGAGCACCUCUGGACAGGGUCUAGAGGAGUUCAUGAAUGAAAUAAUACUCAUCUCGAAACUCCAACACAGAAACUUGGUCCGCCUUUUGGGAUGUUGCAUUGAAGGAGAAGAAAAGCUAUUGAUUUAUGAGUUUAUGGCGAACAAAAGCCUCAAUACCUUUAUCUUUGAUUCGACGAAAAAGCUUGAGCUUGAUUGGCCCAAGCGGUUUGAAAUCAUUCAAGGUAUUGCUUGCGGACUUCUUUAUCUUCACCGCGACUCAUGUCUUAGGGUUGUACACCGAGAUAUGAAGGUCAGCAACAUCCUUUUAGACGAGGAAAUGAACCCAAAAAUAUCAGAUUUUGGAUUGGCUCGGAUGUUUCAAGGAACCCAACAUCAAGCCAACACUCGCAGGGUUGUUGGAACGCUCGGAUACAUGUCUCCAGAGUAUGCUUGGACAGGCAUGUUCUCUGAGAAAUCCGACAUCUACGCAUUUGGAGUUCUGCUAUUGGAAAUCAUAACCGGCAAGAGGAUUUCAAGUUUCACCAUUGGAGAGGAAGGCAAAACUCUUCUUGAAUUUGCAUGGGAUUCUUGGUGCGAAAGCGGUGGAUCGGAUCUACUGGACCAAGAUAUCUCUAGCUCGGGUUCUGAAUCCGAAGUAGCGAGAUGUGUUCAGAUUGGUUUGCUCUGUAUUCAACAACAAGCCGGGGAUAGACCCAACAUUGCACAAGUAAUGUCAAUGCUUACAACCACAAUGGAUCUUCCGAAACCAAAACAACCCGUAUUCGCAAUGCAAGUCCAAGAGAGUGAUUCAGAGUCUAAGACUAUGUACUCUGUCAAUAAUAUAACACAAACUGCUAUAGUUGGUCGAUAA